AUGGAGGUCGACGUCCGUUCCGAGGCGGGGGGAGAAUUAGGAAGGAAUCCGGGCGAAGACAGCAAGAGCCCGUCCGCGGGCUCAAGCGCUCGGGUUCGCCAGGCAGCCAGCGCAGGUUCGCGAUUGACUUCAAGUGGCCGCAAAGCUCUGCAGUUGCCGCGGGCGCAUGUGGUGCGCAUCAUAAAGAGCGCCCUUCCGGCGAACGUGCGUCUCCACCGAGGCGCGGUGGCUGCACUCAUGAGGUCGUCAGCCAUCUUUCUGCUUGCGCUCGCGGACGCGUCCGCGGCUGCCACCGGUAGCAGCAGGAAGACCGUGGGAAUCCAGGAGGUCCUCGCCGGUCUGCGAUCUAUCGGCUGCGACGACAUAGCGGAGGACAUUGAGCAACGCAUCCGCAGCGAGGCUGAUAUGCACUCGCGCGGGAUCUCGUCGCCUUCGGUCGACGCUACGAGCUUUAGCCUGCGUACGCACGAUGAACAUCCGCCGCGACACACAACCGCCUCCGCGUGGGCUGCCAACGAAGACGUCGACGGGGCUGCCCUUUCAGAGCCGGAAACAGACAGCUCGUGCGCAGGACGGCAGAGCGAUAUAGCCGAAGAAGCGCCGAGUGAAGGCGAGCUGCCCGACAACGGGGGCGGCGACGACGAAGAUCAAGAAGGCGAUGCGCUCGAUGCAAUGCUGCAGGUGGUGGACGGCGUCCUGGCGGAGCGCGAGCCAGAGUCAGAAACGCAGGCUGACUUCCCGUGA